AGACAUAAAUAAAUAAACUUAAAUUAAAAAUCAAUAAGAGACUUUAACCAUAUCCUUUUGAAUGGUUAAAUAAUGCUUUAUCUAUAAAUAUUAAUUCUCACCUAUAUCGGUUCUGGGUAUAUUAGUAGUUUGGCUUUAAAUAUAACUCACAUGAUAAUUUUCACCUUCAUUUCUAGUUUUAGUUUGCUUUAUAUUAUCUAACCUUUAUUACUAUUAAAUUAGAUAGUUUCUGUUGUGGUUUUUAGAUAUAUUGUAUGACUUUGGACAAAUUUUAUAUGAAAACAACACAAUAUUGUUUAAUACGAGCCUUGCUUUGCAGAAAGUAAAUUCUCCAGUUAUGCACCUUUAGUAAAGUCAAAGUGAAGUAAAAUAACUUCAAACUUUUUAUUUAAUUUCAUUUGACCAAAGUCAUACUGUUUAGUGUAGAAUAUGGAUAAUACAGUGGUGUUUUGUGAAAAAAUAUCUGAGUAAACAACUAAUCUUUGUUAUUACUUAAUUGUCUUUAAAUACUCUCAUUUGGGUUUACAAGUAAUAUUUUUGUUGGGCAACAAGCAGCUCAAGUAUUUUGUAACUUAAAACUCGUUAUUUUAGUCUUCUUUGUCUUAAAAGUUAUUAAUAAGUAUUAUCAGUUGUGACUAUUCUAAUUCAUGUGGUCAUGUUCAGCAGCAUGAGUAUUGUUUUCAGCCUCCCAGCAAUCAACAGAGAGUACCCCAGCUAGUGUUUUGAAGUCCCCUGCCAGUGAUGACCAUUCGUAUAGUGAAAAGUCCCCUGGCACAGUGCAGAAGAAGAAGCAGGUGAGAUCUGUUUCUGGGGUACCUAUGAAGACAAUAAGGAGUUUAUUUCUGCAGUCAACGUCAUCUGCAGGUGAAGAAACUAGCAAACAAUCUCCUGUUAGAACACAUCAGCCAUCCAUUACCAGUCAAGGUGAGCAGUCUACGUCUUCAAUCAGCUUCUCUAGAACAGGUGCAGGAUUGAUGUCUCUUGGGCAGCCGGCACCAGCUACUCAAGCCUCACAGGAAAGCCAGUCAGUAAAGAAGACUGCAUUAGUAUCAGGUGUUACAGAGUCUCCAGCCAGUGAUGUCCAGUCAUCUAGUGAAAAGUCCCCAGUUGUUGUGCAGAAAAAACCAGUCCGGUCUGUCUCAGGAGUAGCAGCGAAGACAGCUCGAAGUUUGAUCUUAGCCAACACACCUGUUACUAAGCAUACCGAGGUAGGAACAGAUACACAGUCAAUGCAACAGAUGCCUACUACAGAGGGACAGUCUUCUUUGGCUAGUCGAGAUGAAGAAUCCAUGUCUUCAACCAGUCAGUUGCUGUCAUUAGCACCAUACAAGAGAGACCAGUCUUCCACAGAUACUACUAGUCAAGUUCCACUUCUGAAGAAAUGGAGGAGGACGCUUCCUCAGGUCGACCACAGCUGGGUGUCGAGUGCUCUCUUUGUCUGGGAUUCUCAAGGUGAUGCAAGAAUGGACCUAUCCAGGAUCAGUGGAUUGUGGUUGUAUCCCCCACAAGCUCCACUCAUACCUCAGUCAGUCCCGAACCUGCACAACUUUUUUGGUCACCGGGUUUUCAUAUGGAUGCCAAUUAAGCUAUGGUCAUUGAGAGUAGCCUGUCCCCAUCAAGAUUGCCGCCAUCUUGAGCUGUCUCAUGCUGGUGUUUACCAAGUUGUUAGACAAGUGCUAGAUGUCUCCAACUUUUAUAAUCUUGUACCAGAGACCCUCUGGUGCAAGAAGUGCAAGAGGAAGAUGGUCUCUUGGAGCCACAGUAUCCUGUCUCAGUUAAACAUAGGCCACCGAAGCCACUUUCCAUGUCUUCUGACAACCAUGAAGGCCUGUGACACUAAGGUUGCCAUACUAAUGCGACAGCGUGGCUUGGGAAAUAGUGCCUCCCAGAUACAAAAGAAACUGAAAGAACAACACAGCACAGAAUGGUAUCAAAAAACUAUACAGUACUUGUCAGCCUGCAAGAGUGUCGCCUCAGCUGCAUCUUCAGGACUCAUUGUACCACAGAGGUUUCAAGAACCACCAGCCAUGGCACCUAUUCCACAAUACCGCUGGCUUAUGCAGGUAUAUGUCCAGGAUGUCCUGCAGAGGCACAGUGAGAUGAAGGCCAACAUCACUUCGGUGUUUGGUCAGAUUCUCAAAGUGGACUCUACCAAAAAAGUCACGAAGAAAUUGGCGGGACCGUCUGCUGGGACAGCAGAGUGGGCGACCAAUGUAGGCAGUGAGUACCGACAAGUACUGAUUUCUGUACUUACAGCCGGAGAAGGUCGCUUUGGGUUACACAGGAUGGCAAAGGGGUCUGAUGAAGCGGUUUGCAGAUGCCGGACAGCCAUCUCCAGAAGCGCUGUAUGUGGACUGUGACUGCUGUGGUCAAUCAAACAUCAAGCUACUAUUUGCAGGCUGGCAGGACAUUCAUGUACGCCUUGAUGUCUGGCACUUUAUGCGCCGCUUUUCUUGUGGGUGCUAUACAGAUUCCUAUCCAUUGUAUGGCCUGUUCAUGAAGAAGUUGGGCCAUUGCAUCUUCGCCUGGGACAACGAUGAUCUACAAGCACUCAAAGCAGCCAAGAGAUCAGAGUUAGUUUCCAGGCAUGUUCAAAAUCCAUCUGAAGAUCUCAUCAUGGGGUCCAUCACCAAAAAUGAGCUUGCUCUCCAUUGCCGAAGACAAACAAGAGGCGUGGAUGAGACCACAAUGAUGAUUGAAGCCCUCAUUGAUGCUUUUGACGGAGAAAAGAGCAGAGAUACACUCGGCACUCCACUUAUCAACAGCCGGCGCAUGCAUGAGGAGUGGGAAGGACAGAAGAAACAUGUGGCCUGUCUUCAAGACCCUGACAGUGUACAACUGUACAUUAAGACUGGAUCCCUGAAGAAAGGUGGCCAUACCCUUCCUACCUACCAGUCAUGUAGAGAAUCAACAUCGCUUGAGAGUUUCCACCUCCACCUCAACAGGUUUAUCCCAGGAACACUGGCCAAUGACACCGUGUUCCAGGCAUACCUUGUUGAUGGUCUGUCAAGAUGGAAUCAGGACAGGGCUUCUGUGAUCACUUCAGCCAAUGAACAGCAGACAUACAGUGGUCUCCUUCGGUUCACUGCAAACAAGAUGACCAGGAGAUAUUCCAGAAGCACAUAACGAGGGCUGAGCGCGAAACUAUUGUAUCUUGUUCUUUAUCUAUAUACAGUUACAAUAGUUUCGCGCUCAGCCCACGAAUUAAGUGCUUAUACACCCCCUAGAAAAUACACUGGUGAACUGAUCGGUAUCGAGUACUUCUAUGACCAGACAUGCCGCCCUCUUCAGGAGUAUGGUGCCGCCAUUCAACAGAUGGAGGAAGCUGGACUGGAGGUGCCUGAUGAGGAUGAGGGUUUUGAGGAGGCAGAGGCAGAAGAUUUGACUGUGUCCAGUCUCCUAGUUGAUGCAGAAAAAUCAUCUGAUGACCAUGUGCAAUCUAGAUACUCCUGUAGGACCUGUUACCAGGAAGGAACGGUUACAGCAAAAGGCCCCUGUUGCAGAGCAGCCUUCAAAGGCUAAAUAUGUCCGUGCGCAGUCUGAGCCCGAGUCGUCUCCUGCCACAACCAAGGAACAGUCGCAGCGUGUAGCUCCUGUUAUAGAGCAGCUUUCAUCGGCAAAACAAGUUUGUGUGCAGUCUGAGCCUGAAAAGUCGUCUCCUGCCACAACCAAGGAACAGUCGCAGCGUGUAGCUCCUGUUAUAGAGCAGCCUUCACUGGCAAAACAAGGU